UCAACAUUAGAACAUUUGUUGAUCAAAAGAUUGGCGAAAAGUCAAGCGCGUCAGAUAGUCACGUGGUGUCCCCUCCCCUUAACCUUGGCGACCGCUGGUCAUGGAGAGCGAUGUGUUCAUGAAGGAUAUCUGGAGGAGAUAGGAUGCCAGUCAGGAGACUGCAGCAUGUCCUAAGACCUCGACAUGUGCAGCCUUUGAUCCCGGUACCUCGGCGCCUGCCGGUUCGUUUACUGUCGAGUACGACAUUGCGAGCCAACGUUCCGACAUGGCCUCAACCGUUGGGUCAACCUCAGACUCCGGUGAACCCUUCAGACGAUGCGAUUCAACAAGUCAUGUCGGAGAAGAACAAGUCGACAGAAGGGAGAUCGAAAUCGUUUCUGGAAACAUGGUCGUCCAGUCCGAGCUUUCAAGCGGCUCUCACGACAGUGGUAGGACUCAUGAUGGUGUUUGUAGGUGGUGUAGGGUAUUUGAGCUGGUACAAAAGUCAUGUGCUCCACAGGAUGGAAAGAGCCUUUGCUCCUGGUUUCGACCCGGCUUUAGAGAUGCAUUCUGAAGAAUCACUGCAUAUCGAAAGGGACGAACAACCUUUGAUAGAUAGUAUCGUCAGAGGGGAACAUGCGGGAUCCUAUUAUCUCAUGAUUGGGCCGAACGGUACGGGCAAGGGUACCCUCAUCCUCAAUGCGAUGCGAAAGAUACAGGCGGAUGGAGCGGCUAUACUGGAGGGCCAUCCUGACCUCGAAGUGGUUCGCUUGAGGCUCGGAAAGAGCUUAGAUUUCGAUUACUUUGAGGACUGGCAAGGAUCUCUUUUUUCCCGAGCGGAUCCUCGAUCGGCCGGGCCCGCGUUAGACAUUGAGCGAGCUUUGAAUAAGCUUGAAAAGGUGGCUUUGAGAUACAAAGCGAAGAAGGGUCGGCCGAUCGUUUUGGUUUUCAAUGAGAUUCACCUUAUCCCGAAUUCUCCGGAAGGGCAUGCAUUACUGCAUCAACUCCAGCAGCGAGCAGAAGCGUGGGCAGAGGGGGGAAUCUGCACAAUGGUAUUUUCAACGGACGAUUUCUGGUGUCUCGAUAUGAUGAAGAAGAAUGCUUCUCGGAUGCAGGUCUUAUCAGUCUACGAUCUACCUCCACACGAAGCCAUCAGUGCUCUUCGUAGAAUCCGGACUUCGACAUUGCGACAUCGAUAUGGACCUGACGCCAAAGUGGAAAAUGAUGCGAUUCUGAGACAGGUAUACGAUCUCGUUGGUGGUCGGAUGAGCCACCUCACACGGGUAUCGAGAGCUGGCGACAUGCUGAAGCGAGCCGAACAAAUGGUUGAGGACGAGAUGCACUGGCUGCAGUCAAAAAUCGGGCUCAUUCCAGACCAUGACGACGAUGUGAUGGACGAGCAGAAAUGGGCAAGUUGCUCUUGGCUUCUUUUACGACACCUUGCCAAGCUGCCAGAAGACGAGCAAUACGUGUCAUAUGGUGAAGCCAGACGGAUCAUGACAAGGACAGAUUUCAUAGAACCCCUAGAUGCGUAUCAGGUCAUCGCCAUAGACCGGCGUCAUAGAAUACGCCUCGACUCCACCCUCAUGCUUCGUGCAGUCGAGCGAGCAAUUGCAGAAGAAGGCUUCGAUGAUCUCUUAGAUCAGACUCGUGCUCGCGUGGACGAGAUUGAAGGACUUCACCGACAAAAUGAACUGACGAUCAAAGAACCCUUCAAGAUCGUCGUGGAUAAGGGAGGGAGACAAUUUGAUGUGAUCGGCUUGGGGGACAGCUUCAAUCCACCCGAUGAGCCCUCCUGACAUGCAUGCACCCUGCUGGAGAGAG